AUGCCAAGAAAAAGAAGGAGUUUGUCCCUAAGUCCUCAAAAGAAAACCUCAAACCCCAGCAUCCCUGUGGACUUUUCAUCUUCUGCUACACUGCCCCUUCCACCAGCAAUGAGCGGUAACAAGAAGGAGGUGGUCAGCAGUAUGUGUGAGAUGUUCCCCAACCUGGAACCUUCCUUGAUAGAAAUGGUGCUCUCUGAAUAUACUGAAGUUGAAAUAGUGAUGGACUAUCUCUUGGAGCUCUCAACAGUUGCUAAAAUGGAGGCUAAUCUGGAGUCAACAGGUUUUGAAAAGAUUACAUCUUAUUUGGAUGGUGUCCAGGUAAAUUCACACGAAGAAAAUGAGGACACUGUAACUGACAAGGCAGAAGAUUACCUAGAUGACCCAUGCAUAGAUGAGACUGCUUGCCAUGACCUGGAUAUGUUGUUAGAUGAAGCACUGGAUAGGUAUGGCUUAACAAGUCCAGAAGAUAUUUAUAGCACAGAGAAACCCAAGAGUUCUUUAUCAGAAGCAUCAACCAGCGGUGUUAUGUCACAGCAGGUUCAGUCUCCAUCACCUGGGAAUACCUCAUUUCACAGUGAGUAUAUGGAAAACAUUGCUCAGUCCCAGAUAAGACUGGCUAGGGCAGAGGAGUUGCAAUUGGGUGAUUCACCCACCAAAUCUAAUGCUGACACCAUCUCUACUACAUCAUCAGUUAAGCCCAAAAUAACUGAGCUGGAACAGACAGAAACUUCUCCAGGCACAAAUGACAUUUUUUUACAGAAUGAUAGGACUGGAACUAUAAAUGCCCAAAGACAUUUUGCAAGCAAUGAAAUGCCCGCUGUUCAGAAAUUUAACCAAGAGAGCAUCCAUUCAGUAUUAACAGCACAGUCUGAUGCACCAAGCAUUUCUCCUAAGUCACAAAUUAAAUGGAAUCCAUUGGCGUCAGCAUUCUUUCCAGCAUCUAGUCAACACGGCUCAUUCAUCACUCCAGUAGUUGCUAAUCCUGUACAAUGGUCAUAUGCUGCAUGUGCAAGACAUCCUAGUGGAUUAAUUUCUUAUAAUGCUCAGGUUCCCUCUGCAUAUGUCUGGAAUCCAUUUUCUUCAACACAGUGGACUUCUGAAAAUGUGAUGCCCAUAAGUGUGCCUAAUCCCAAACCACAGCCUAGUACUCAGACCUCUAAAAAAGUGACACGUUUAGUAGGAAAAGUGCUAAUACUGUUGAGAGGUGCCCCCGGAUCUGGGAAAUCUACACUGGCAAGAAUGUUAUUGGAGCAGCACCCAACUGGAGUUAUUCUAAGCACUGAUGAUUACUUUGAUCAAAAUGGCCAAUACCAGUAUGAUAAAAACUGCCUGAGUGAGGCUCACGAUUGGAAUCAAAAGCGAGCUAAAGAUGCUUUUGAGAAAGAAUGUCUCACCGAUUAUAAUAGACAAUACCAACUUACAUGGAUGGGAAAUGAAGCCAUACAUCUCUAUGGCCAUGAAACACAAAUAUAAAGUAACAUUUCGAGAACCAGAAACAUGGUGGAAAUAUAAACCUAAAGAGCUAGAAAGACGUAACAUUCAUGGUAUAAAGAAGGAGAAGAUCAUGAAAAUGCUAGAAAAUUUUGAACGUGUUACUGUGAACUCUAUAUUAAAUCUGUCACGUGCAAAGGACCUGAGAGUGCUGGUAUACGUCAGCUAAAAUCAGAUGAAGGAAAUGGCAAUAACUUGGUUAAAGAAGCACAUUUUUCUACAACAGAAGCCAAAAAUCCUUCUGACACAAAUGUAGCAGCAGUCAGUGCAGAUAAAAGCCUUGUCUCAGAUGAAGGAAGAAAUGGUCCUGAAAUCUCACUGAAUAUAAUAAAAUCUGUGAAACAAAAUUUAAAGUAUAAAGAUGAUGAACCCGAGAAAUGUUCAGAUAAGGUUCAGUGCCUAGAGGAUAUUUACAGUGUUGAAAAUGUAUCCACUGAAAUAUGUGUACAGGAAGUAAUUACAGGCAAAGAAGAUAAUUCAGAUGUUGGUUGUAAUUCAUCACUGGGUGAAAGACCAGAGUUAUUAAGUUUUGUUGGGGACUGGCCUUUGGAACAUACUUUAAGUCAGAGAGCACCAAGAAACCGAAAAAAAAAGGCCAAGUCUGUUCAGCAUCCUGCUGAAGAAGAAAAAAAGGAAGACUGCAAUGUGGAGCAAAUGGAUUUCAAUGAGCUUGCUCCAAAGGAAGAUGAAACCACAGUAAAGAUCAACUUGGAAACAAAAUCGUCUGUAGUAAGUAAUUUUGAUGGAAUAGAUUUACAAAUCAUGGACAAUCAAUUACACCCAAUUUUCUACUACAAUGACAAUGAAAAUAAAGAACACAUCGAUGAAUCUGGAGUUAAGUCUUCUGAAGGUCUACAGAAAGACCCACAUAUUAGUGUAAAGGAUAAAAGUCCAGAUAUUUCAAUUGUUACAGCAGAUAUGGAAUUUAUGAUGAGACCAGGCAAGCGCAGUUGUAGAAAGUGUAAGUUGGCUCUAACCUUUAGUAAUAGUUGCUCCAGCUCCUUCAGAACUGAUGGAACAUUGAUUUCAAGUGAAAUGAUAGAUGGUGUAGACCAAAGUAGUGCUGUAAUCAGUACAUGUACUCAGACUGAACCUCAUGAGUUUGCAAUAGCAUGGAGAGUAGAGAAGAAAAAAAUGGAAGUCUUUGAGUCCUUAAAGGUUCUUACAGGAAAAGUUGAUCGAUUUAAAUCAAAGUCAUUAGAUAAUAAUGAAUAUUCUCAAGAAAAUAUACCUUAUAGAAUGAUGCAUCACAAAAGUACGUUUGUAGAA